UUUACUUUUAUUUCCUCUGAAUAUCCUAUCUGAACCAAACAGGUCAAACUAUUAAUAAAUCUGCGGGCGGUGCGAUAGGCAGUAAAAUGCAAUUACACAACCAACCUCAUAUAAUGUUAGGGCCAGCUCCAUACUAUUCGCUAUCUAUCUUGUUAUUUCCCAUUUUACCCUUGCAGUUGCCGCCUCUUCAUUUCACAUCGAUGCUACUCAACACCAUCUUCACUCUCACUUUCGGUUAAUCAUCAAGAUAUUAUAAAUCGAGUUAUUAUUAUCAUAAUGGUAAAAGCGUAUAAACAAGAACACGUGUACAAGCAUCCAUGGGAACGAGUAACCUCUGCAUCAUGGCGAAAAUUCACCGAUGCAGAGAAUAAGCGCGUUUUAUCACACAUUCUAGAGGUUGAUACAUUGAAUAAAAGUUUAGAUCCUUCAUCGGGUAAACUUUGCGCGACACGUGCGAUAACGGUUCGUUGUCCGUGGCUCGUGCGAAGAAUUAUCGGUGAAGAUAUUUGUCAAUGUGUUGAAACAACCGUUGUUGAUGCGAAAUCGCGUUCGAUGCAACUUAGUUACCGGAAUGUUAAUAUGGAGAAGUUUAUUGAAGUGGAAGAGAAUACUAGGUAUGAUCCGCAUCCGGAUAAUCCGGAUGGAUGGACGAUUUGUCAGCAGGAGACUCGAAUUCGGAUUAAGCCUUUGUCUGCUUUGGCUUCUAUGGCGGAGAAAGUGGAGCAGCGUUGUGCUGAUAGGUUUCUUCAGAAUAGUGCUAAGAGUAGAGAUGUUAUGGAGAGGAUAUGCAAGUAUCUUGAGGCUGAGUCUAGCUCCUUUUCAUUGUGAUUUUUUGAGACAUAAGUCUCGGAUUUGGAUUCUCUGCAGUCAUGCAGGUAGUUAGGAAGAUUCAAUGGCUUGUAUUUUAAGUCGAUUGGAUAAAAGAUUGAAUAAGAGACGUCUGAUUUUUGUUAGAAUGUGAGUGUCUGAGUUUUAUCGAAUGACCGAGAUCUUUGUGGGACUGUUUGGUUUUCUUAAUCAAGUUCCAUGACUCUGUUGUUGUUCAUGUUUGUCACUUGUCUUCUAAAGUAUUGAUUAUGAUUAGUUGUUCUGUUAUAAUAGUCAUAACUUGAGGUAUAAGUGAUGAUUAUCUGUGAUGGCUUAUCAGGUAUUAAUCUUGACGGAUAAACUUGUGUUUAUCUGUUUUUUUAAAUAAUUUUUUCCACA